CUCUGCCACAGACCGACACACAUCCACAGAUAUGGCUCUGUGAGAAGGCACAUGGCGGCGGCGGCUAACCAUGAACCAAAAAAAUAAAUCACCAAAAAACAGUUCAUGCAUCAGUGGCAACCCGAUUUCGUUUAUUUUGGAUUCAACCAUUGCAACAACUGCCUUAGACAUACAAUUGGUUUUAACUGUCACGGGGAGAGAAGCUAGCUAGCAACUUGGAACCACCCCCCCCCUCUCUCUCUUCUCCAGUUUUACUGAGCUAUUUUACUCGGUUUUUAAACAGUUUUUGGUUGCAAUCGCUCUUUUUUAAAAGACAGUCAUCAUGGGUGUGCAAGGUUUCCAAGAAUACAUAGAAAAGCACUGCCCUACUGCCGUGGUACCGGUGGAGCUCCAGAAGCUAGCCCGGGGCAGUCUCGUCGGAGGAGGCAGGCAGAGACCACCUCAGAGCCCGCUACGGCUGCUGGUUGACGCGGAGAACUGCCUCCACCGGCUCUAUGGGGGCUUCUACACCGACUGGGUGAGCGGCGGGCAGUGGAACCACAUGCUUGGGUACCUGGCCGCCCUCGCCAAGGCCUGCUUCAACGGUAACAUUGAGCUGUUGGUGUGCUUCAAUGGCGCCAUGGAGAAGGGCCGUCUUCACGAGUGGGUCAAACGACAGGUGAACGAGAGACAGACGGCGCAGCAGAUUGUCAGCCACAUCCAGAAUAAGGGGACCCCUCCGCCGAAGGUCUGGUUCCUUCCCCCGGUGUGCAUGGUCCAUUGUAUCCGGCUGGCCCUACUCAGGUUCCACAUUGGGGUAAGUUAGCUAGCCGGCCGCUCGGUGCUUUUCCUCCCAAAUGUAGCUGGCUGGCUAGUUUACCUUGCUAUCUAGCAAGCUAGUGUUAUGGAUGUUAUCUAGCGAGCUGUCAACUACUAGCAGAGACUUAUACUUGUCUGAAUCUUAACGAACCUUUUCGCGAACUUGGAUAAUUGUGAUGGAUGGCGAACAAGCUACUGCCAGUUAGCCAUGUUAACCAGGCAAGCGCAAAACUAGUAGCCUAUCAAGUGAGAACUUGGAUAAGGCCGGGCCUUCCUAUAAAUUUACUCGACACAAAAACAACGUUUAACAUUGCAAUCCGUGCAUUUACCCAAAGUUCAUGCAAGGUCAGAUCGACAUUUUGCACGACUUGACCUAACUAAAACUCCAGGAAUUAAAACAGUAGACACGUAAUUAGGUAUCCAAGAUAACUAGAUACAAUAUACUUUUUUUUUUUUUGCUGCAGUCUCUCUUUCUCAGGCAUUUAGUUCUUAAUCAAGGAGGGCUGUACAUAAAAGUACUUGUAUUGUCUCUUGGUCACAGUGUAACUGAAAGUGCAAUGAAAGCACAGGAACUCACUAUGAAUAAUAUAAUAAUAAUAUAAUAUGCCAUUUAGCAGACGCUUUUAUCCAAAGCGACUUAGUCAUGUGUGCAUACAUUUUAUGUACGGGUGGUCCCGGGGAUCGAACCCACUACCCUGGCGUUACAAGCGCCGUGCCAAUUGAGCUACAGAGGACCACAUAGAACAUAUAUACCACCUCUUAGACUUACUUUCAAUGAGAAUGACAGAUCUACAACUUACAUUUGUAUGUGAAUUUGGUCAGGUUGCCCAACAAGUUACAAAUUGCAGCUAUAAGCAAAACAUACUUUUUUUUGUGUGUUCAGUAUGACACUGAACAAUCCACCAAAUAUACUAUAGUUUUGUGCAAUGUCUCAUCCAGAAAUCAAUGCUCACUCCCCCCAAAAUCCUAGACAAAACAUUCAAUCUAGACAAUCAUUGUAUGUGUUAGGUGAGUCCAUAACAAAGUUUCACUGGUGUCCUGUUCAGUGUUCGACUGAACUGGAAGUCCCACCCUUUCAGCGCUUCUAUAGGCUGUCUGGAAUCAGUGGCUAUUGGCUGUCCCUGGGAGGCUGUCCCUGCGAUUGGCUGUCCGUCCCUGGCAUGGCACCGUCACUGCUGGGAGGGCUCCAUGAUCCUUUCCCAGCCCACAGGCCUGCUGGUUCAACUCUAGGACCCUCCCUCUCACCCUACCUUCGUCUCCGCUUCCUUCCCUGCUUCUCACCCUCCCUCUCACCCUCCCUCUCUCCCUGCUUCUCACCCUCCCUCUCACCCUCUCUCCCUCCCUGCCCCUCUCUCUCCCUGCCUCUCUCCCUCCCUUCCUCUGACCCUCCCUCCUCUCACCCUCACUGCCACCCUCUCACCCUCACUGCCUCCCUCCCUCCCUCCCUGCCUCUCACCCUCCUUCCACCCUCCCUCCCUGCCACUGACCCUCCCUGCCUCUCUCCCUCUCUCCCUCCCUUCCUCUGACCCUCCCCCCUCUCACCCUCACUGCCUCCCUCCCUGCCUCUCACCCUCCUUCCACCCUCCCUGCCACUGACCCUCCCUGCCUCUGACCGUCCCUCCCUGCCUCUGACCCUCCCCCUGCAUUUCACCCACCCUCCAUGCCGCUCACCCUCCCUCCCUCCCUGCCUCUGACCCUCCCCCUGCAUUUCACCCACCCUCCAUGCCGCUCACCCUCCCUCCCUGCCUCUGACCCUGCCAGUCUGCCAUGUUGCAUCUCUCUGAAAUGUACAUAUUAGACAAACUGGACCUGCAUCAGGGAUUCACGGAAUAAAGGCCUUGCUGUAGCAACGAGCCAGACUACAGUGUUAUGAAGGCCUUGCUCUAGCAACGAGCCAGACUACAGUGUUAUGAAGGCCUUGCUCUAGCAACGAGCCAGACUACAGUGUUAUGAAGGCCUUGCUGUAGCAACGAGCCAGACUACAGUGUUAUGAAGGCCUUGCUGUAGCAACGAGCCAGACUACAGUGUUAUGAAGGCCUUGCUGUAGCAACGAGCCAAACUACAGUGUUAUGAAGGCCUUGCUCUAGCAACGAGCCAGACUACAGUGUUAUGAAGGCCUUGCUCUAGCAACGAGCCAGACUACAGUGUUAUGAAGGCCUUGCUGUAGCAACGAGCCAGACUACAGUGUUAUGAAGGCCUUGCUGUAGCAACGAGCCAAACUACAGUGUUAUGAAGGCCUUGCUCUAGCAACGAGCCAGACUACAGUGUUAUGAAGGCCUUGCUGUAGCAACGAGCCAGACUACAGUGUUAUGAAGGCCUUGCUCUAGCAACGAGCCAGACUACAGUGUUAUGAAGGCCUUGCUCUAGCAACGAGCCAGAAUAGGCGGAGACUCAAUCAAGCUAGUCGUCUUGACUACUCUCUUAUGUCAUUUUCACUGGCACCGAAAGUUAAGUGUUGAUAGGGGACAGAAUGCGGUCAGACUAUCAAAUAAUUGGUAUACACAUUACUCUUACAGAAUGUCCACGUGGGCGAGGAUAUUGGACAUUUAAUCAAAGCCUAUUAUAAUAAAUAAUAAUAAUAUGCCAUUUAGCAGAUGCUUUUAUCCAAAGCGACUUACAGUCAUGUGCGCAUACAUUUUUACGUAUGGGUGGUCCCGGGGAUCGAACCCACUACCCUGGCGUUACAAGCGCCGUGCUCUACCAGCUGAGCUACAGAGGACCACCCAUACGUAAAAAUUGGAUGAUCACUUGUUUUUAACCAGGACAGAAUCAUUUUUAACUGACGUUUCCCUACAUAACAUAGGUACAGCAUAUCCCCUUAUUGUAUGGGACACUUUUAAAUGUGCCUUUAGAGGCUUUGGAAUUCAAUACUCAUCUUUAAAACAAAAGCAAUUUACGUCAAAAUAGUUAAUCUUAAAGGAAAUAGAAAGUCUAACAGUACAGAUAGAUAGCAAUAAAAACUGUAACAUAGAGGCACAGAAUACGUUAGAGUAAAAACAAAAAGAAAUGGAGGAACUUAUUCAAGAAAGAUCAAGUGUAAUAUAUUAUAAAAAUAAAGCAAACUGGAUGGAAUAUGGGGGAAAAAAUGCACCAAAUUAUUUUGUCAUUUUCAACCCAAUUUUUUUUUUUUUACAGUAACUUGUUACAAAUGACGGCAUCAUCCAUGAUUCACCAAACAAUAUUUUGAAAGAGGUAGCAAAGUACUUUAAGCAUAUGUUUUCAUUUGUCUCCUCCAUUUCCACUAACUGAAGUUAAUUGUAGAGAUUUUUUUUCUAUUGAUAAUGUAAAAUUAACUAAAUUGUAAGGAUUUUAUUAUAUUAAUAGUCUACACAGAAAGACUCAUGUGAAGGCCUAAUUACAGAGGGGUUACUUCUAGAUGCAAUUAAAGCCUUCAAGUCCAGGAAAAUUCCAGGGCUGGAUGGCAUACCAGUUGAGGUAUAUCAAAUAUUUGUCGAUGUACUCAGGUCCGUUAUUAACAUGUUUUAACCGCCCCUAUAAAAAUGGUAGACUAUCAGAUACUCAGCAAGAAGGUCUGAUUUCACUGUUACUGAAACAGGACCCAGGUGGUAAAUAUAAAGAUCCAGUCCACCUAAAAAAAACUGGAGACCCUUUACACUUCAGUGUUGUGAUGACAAAAUCCUAGCAAAAUGCAUAGCGCAUAGAAUUAAAAAGGUAUUGUCGGAUGUUAUUCAUUCUAAUCAGACAGGUUUUUUACAAGAUAAGUACUAGAAACAAUAGAACACUAUGAAAAAUCUGGGAAACCAGCUUGGUAUUCAUAGAUGACUUUGAAAAGGCCUUUGAUCAAGUAUGACUGGAAUUUAUACACUGCUCAAAAAGAUAAAGGGAACACUAAAAUAACACAUCCUAGAUCUGAAUGAAUGAAAUAAUCUUAUUAAAUACUUUUUUCUUUACAUAGUUGAAUGUGCUGACAACAAAAUCACACAAAAAUUAUCAAUGGAAAUCAAAUUUAUCAACCCAUGGAGGUCUGGAUUUGGAGUCACCCUCAAAAUUAAAGUGGAAAACCACAGGCUGAUCCAACUUUGAUGUAAUGUCCUUAAAACAAGUCAAAAUGAGGCUCAGUAGUGUGUGUGGCCUCCACGUGCCUGUAUGACCUCCCUACAACACCUGGGCAUGCUCCUGAUGAGGUGGCGGAUGGUCUCCUGAGGGAUCUCCUCCCAGACCUGGACUAAAGCAUCCGCCAACUCCUGGACAGUCUGUGGUGCAACGUGGCGUUGGUGGAUGGAGCGAGACAUGAUGUCCCAGAUGUGCUCAAUUGGAUUCAGGGCUGGGGAACGGGCGGGCCAGUCCAUAGCAUCAACGCCUUCCUCUUGCAGGAACUGCUGACACACUCCAGCCACAUGAGGUCUAGCAUUGUCUUGCAUUAGGAGGAACCCAGGGCCAACCGCACCAGCAUAUGGUCUCACAAGGGGUCUGAGGAUCUCAUCUCGGUACCUAAUGGCAGUCAGGCUACCUCUGGCGAGCACAUGGAGGGCUGUGCGGCCCCCCAAAGAAAUGCCACCCCACACCAUGACUGACCCACCGCCAAACCGGUCAUGCUGGAGGAUGUUGCAGGCAGCAGAACGUUCUCCACGGCGUCUCCAGACUCUGUCAUGUCUGUCACAUGUGCUCAGUGUGAACCUGCUUUCAUCUGUGAAGAGCACAGGGCGCCAGUGGCGAAUUUGCCAAUCUUGGUGUUCUCUGGCAAAUGCCAAACGUCCUGCAUGGUGUAUACCACCCUCAUGGAGUCUGUUUCUGACCGUUUGAGCAGACACAUGCACAUUUGUGGCCUGCUGGAGGUCAUUUUGCAGGGCUCUGGCAGUGCUCCUCCUUGCACAAAGGCGGAGGUAGCAGUCCUUGCGUGGAGCCCCAGAUCGAGGGAGAUUAUCAGUGGUCUUGUAUGUCUUCCAUUUCCUAAUAAUUGCUCCCACAGUUGAUUUCUUCAAACCAAGCUGCUUACCUAUUGCAGAUUCAGUCUUCCCAGCCUGGUGCAGGUCUACAAUUUUGUUUCUGGUGUCCUUUGACAGCUCUUUGGUCUUGGCCAUAGUGGAGUUUGGAGUGUGACUGUUUGAGGUUGUGGACAGGUGUCUUUUAUACUGAUAACAAGUUCAAACAGGUGCCAUUAAUACAGGUAACGAGUGGAGGACAGAGGAGCCUCUUAAAGAAGAAGUUACAGGUCUGUGAGAGCCAGAAAUCUUGCUUGUUUGUAGGUGACCAAAUACUUAUUUUCCACCAUAAUUUGCAAAUAAAUUCAUUAAAAAUCAUACAAUGUGAUUUUCUGGAGAGAAAAAAAUCUCAUUUUGUCUGUCAUAGUUGACGUGUACCUAUGAUGAAAAUUACUGGCCUCUCUCAUCUUUUUAAGUGGGAGAACUUGCACAAUUGGUGGCUGACUAAAUACUUUUUUCCCCCCACUGUAUGUCAGUAUGUGGUCCUCUGUAGCUCGGUUGGUAGAGCAUAGCGCUUGCAACUCCAGGAUAAUGGGUUCAAUUCCCGGGACCACCCGUACGUAAAAUGUACGCACUCAUGUAAAAUGAAUGCACGACUGUAGUCGGACCAUUGCUCAUGGAUAUAGCCUAAUGCAAGUCACCUUGGAUAAAACCGUCUGCCAAAUGGCAUAUAUUAUUAUAUAUUAGUAUUCAGUGCUUGUGUUUACUGUCGCUCAUUUUAACUGGGAUCCCUGUGAGUGUUUGUCUCUAUGCAUGGUUAGGGUGCGCUGUUAGUAACAGCAUAAUGUGUUUGUCUCCAGGUCGUCCAGAGUAUCGAGGACCACCACUUGGAGGUGAUAUCUCUGUGCAGGGAGAACGGGUUCCACGGCCUGGUGGCGUACGACUCGGACUACGCGCUCUGUAACAUCCCCUACUACUUCUCUGCCCACGCCCUGAAGCUGAGUCGCAACGGGAAGAGCCUGACCACCUCCCAGUACCUGAUGCAUGAAGUGGCCAAACAGCUGGACCUCAACCCCAAGCGCUUCGCCAUCUUCGCUUCUCUUUUAGGUGGGUUGGUAACAGAGCUAACAUGUAUGGAGGUUGCUAACUAACAUUUAGGUGGGUUGGUAACAGAGCUAACAUGUAUGGAGGUUGCUAACUAACAUUUAGGUGGGUUGGUAACAGAGCUAACAUGUAUGGAGGUUGCUAACUAACAUUUAGGUGGGUUGGUAACAGAGCUAACAUGUAUGGAGGUUGCUAACUAACUUUUAGGUGGGUUGGUAACAGAGCUAACAUGUAUGGAGGUUGCUAACUAACAUUUAGGUGGGUUGGUAACAGAGCUAACAUGUAUGGAGGUUGCUAACUAACAUUUAGGUGGGUUGGUAACAGAGCUAACAUGUAUGGAGGUUGCUAACUAACAUUUAGGUGGGUUGGUAACAGAGCUAACAUGUUGGGAGGUUGCUAACUAACUUUUAGGUGGGUUGGUAACAGAGCUAACAUGUUGGGAGGUCGCUAACUAACAUUUAGGUGGGUUGGUAACAGAGCUAACAUGUAUGGAGGUUGCUAACUAACAUUUAGGUGGGUUGGUAACAGAGCUAACAUGUAUGGAGGUUGCUAACUAACAUUUAGGUGGGUUGGUAACAGAGCUAACAUGUUGGGAGGUUGCUAACUAACUUUUAGGUGGGUUGGUAACAGAGCUAACAUGUUGGGAGGUCGCUAACUAACAUUUAGGUGGGUUGGUAACAGAGCUAACAUGUAUGGAGGUUGCUAACUAACAUUUAGGUGGGUUGGUAACAGAGCUAACAUGUAUGGAGGUUGCUAACUAACAUUUAGGUGGGUUGGUAACAGAGCUAACAUGUUGGGAGGUUGCUAACUAACAUUUAGGUGGGUUGGUAACAGAGCUAACAUGUUGGGAGGUUGCUAACUAACAUUUAGGUGGGUUGGUAACAGAGCUAACAUGUUGGGAGGUUGCUAACUAACUUUUAGGUGGGUUGGUAACAUCACUUCUAAGAAGGUAGGUAACUUAUGGGUCGGUUUGCCAGACUGAUAUCAAGCCUAUUGAUCGCUAACGUAGAGAUUUACUGUCAGUGCUAAUUCUGUUAGCCUCGUGGUGUCAUGCAACUGUUCUGCUUUAGGUAACCACAUACUGCCUGAUGAAGACUUGGCUGCCUUUCACUGGAGUCUCCUGGGUCCAGAGCAUCCACUAGCAUCGCUCAAGGUAAACUAACUUCACAGUCAAAUGUAGUGCCAGGGAAUUUGUUAGUCCCAGUAGCAGCUGAAAUGAUGUCUGUUGGUUGGUAUCUGUUCAAACUGGCUAGUUGACGUGACGUUAGUCCCAGUAGCAGCUGAAAUGAUGUCUGUUGGUUGGUAUCUGUUCAAACUGGCUAGUUGACGUGACCAAAACAAAAGCACAAAAAAAAAACAAUCUAAACGUAAAGUAUAAAAAGCAUUUACAAUAGUUGCAAUAAACUAUGUCUAAACAACUCAAUGUCAUUUGGCCACCUUCAAUUUUCAGUUUAUAUCCUAUUUAAUUAUGCAUUUCAUGCAUUUUAGUGCCUUGAAUUUGCCCUCUGGUGUGACAUCACAAUUCAUGUUAAUAUAAAGAUUUAAUGAUUCCCAAAUAGACAAGAACAUGAUUUUUUCCUCUGUUUAGUUACUUCGGUCUUUAAAUCAGUAAUUCUGGCAUUUCAAAAUGAGAAACACAAUUUCUUUGUAUAAUGAUGAUAACCAAGUGUCUCGCUAUUACAUUUUGGGUAUAACUCACAUUUCACUAAACCAGAUAAAAAGCAAUUAUCUUACUUGUAUAGUGAUAUAAUGUUUUUAUAUUUUGUCCCAAGACACCUUUUUUCUCUUUCAUUUAUUGGCGUCACCCCGAUGGACGUUAUGUCACCCCGAUGGACGUUAUGUCACCCCGAUGGACGUUAUGUCACCCCGAUGGACGUUAUGUCACCCCGAUGGAUAAUACACAACAGGCAGUCAAAUGUGACUGUUAAAACAGAACUAAUGACACUUUCAGAAGUUUCUGACCACUGUAAAAAUGCUUUUUAAACAUCAGUAAUCGAUCCUCAUUUAAAGGAUUUGAAGUGUACUUAUUCCAAUAACAGGGACUGUAUUGUUAUUUUACGACACUAUCUCCCUAAAAAAAAAGGGGCAUCAUGUCAACUACCCUAUUGAACUUCAAAUCUCACAAAUUCCAUCUGAAAACCAAGGUUAUAUUCAUCCAUCUCAAUAGUGUGCUGCAUAAUUUGUCCUUGGCAACUAGUAAGAUUUGUCCUGAAACUUUAGUCGGUACUUCGCUGCAGUCCUCCUCAACUAGGAAAGAUCAAAUUGCUGAAAUGAUAUUGAAGAGCACUUUGCCCUGUGCUUUAGGAUGGCGGGUGGUUGUGUUGUGCUUUAGGAUGGCGGGUGGUUGUGUUGUGCUUUAGGAUGGCGGGUGGUUGUGUUGUGCUUUAGGAUGGCGGGUGGUUGUGUUGGGCUUUAGGAUGGCGGGUGGUUGUGUUGGGCUUUAGGAUGGCGGGUGGUUGUGUUGGGCUUUAGGAUGGCGGGUGGUUGUGUUGUGCUUUAGGAUGGCGGGUGGUUGUGUUGUGCUUUAGGAUGGCGGGUGGUUGUGUUGUGCUUUAGGAUGGCGGGUGGUUGUGUUGGGCUUUAGGAUGGCGGGUGGUUGUGUUGUGCUUUAGGAUGGCGGGUGGUUGUGUUGGGCUUUAGGAUGGCGGGUGGUUGUGUUGUGCUUUAGGAUGGCGGGUGGUUGUGUUGGGCUUUAGGAUGGCGGGUGGUUGUGUUGUGCUUUAGGAUGGCGGGUGGUUGUGUUGUGCUUUAGGAUGGCGGGUGGUUGUGUUGGGCUUUAGGAUGGCGGGUGGUUGUGUUGUGCUUUAGGAUGGCGGGUGGUUGUGUUGUGCUUUAGGAUGGCGGGUGGUUGUGUUGGGCUUUAGGAUGGCGGGUGGUUGUGUUUGGCUUUAGGAUGGCGGGUGGUUGUGUUGUGCUUUAGGAUGGCGGGUGGUUGUGUUGGGCUUUAGGAUGGCGGGUGGUUGUGUUGGGCUUUAGGAUGGCGGGUGGUUGUGUUGGGCUUUAGGAUGGCGGGUGGUUGUGUUGUGCUUUAGGAUGGCGGGUGGUUGUGUUUGGUGAAACAUGCAGCCAGAGAGAGGGAGAGUUGAAUGUAAUCUUCACAUAUUUCUUGGUUUGUCUGCGCGUUGUUUGUUUGUUUUCUAGGUGCGCGCCCACCAGCUAGUGCUUCCGCCGUGUGACGUGGUGAUUAAGGCAGUGGCUGACUAUGUUCGAAACAUGACGGACUUCUGCGACCUGGAGGCCAUCGCUAACGACAUCUUCAGACACUCACAGGUACACACAGACAUCUUCAGACACACACAGGUACUCACAGACAUCUUCAGACACACACAGGUACUCACAGACAUCUUCAGACACACACAGGUACACACAGACAUCUUCAGACACACACAGGUACACACAGACAUCUUCAGACACUCACAGGUACACACAGACAUCUUCAGACACACACAGGUACACACAGACAUCUUCAGACACUCACAGGUACUCACAGACAUCUUCAGACAUUCACAGGUACUCACAGACAUCUUCAGACAUUCACAGGUACUCACAGACAUCUUCAGACAUUCACAAGUACUCACAGACAUCUCCAGACAUUCACAUGUACUCACAGACAUCUCCAGACACAGGUACAGAACACCUGACAUAGCUAUAUUGAGGUACAUGCAUCACCUAGCAGGGUCUUCAAGCAUUCACAGGUACAUUACCGGAGUGCCGAGAUAUCAGGACUUUUUAAAAACCUUUUGUGUUGAUUUAUUGCUUUUGAUUGAGUAACAUGGCUGUUCCUGAUUCCAGUCCAGGACUGAUGACAAAGUUGUCCGCUUUAAGAAAGCAGUGGAAUACUACUCAGCAGCCAGCAAGUCGCCACACUUCUCACCUUACCAAGGUAAGUUCGCACACCUCACCUUCUCUCCUCACCCCUCUCUCUAUAGCCCGGUAGACUGAGGCAGAGAGCGAGACUGAGGCAGAGAGAGCGAGACUGAGGCAGAGAGAGCGAGACUGAGGCAGAGAGAGCGACUGACUGAGGCAGAGAGAGCGACUGACUGAGGCAGAGAGAGCGACUGACUGAGGCAGAGAGAGCGACUGACUGAGGCAGAGAGCGAGACUGACUGAGGCAGAGAGAGCGACUGACUGAGGCAGAGAGCGCGACUGACUGAGGCAGAGAGCGCGACUGACUGAGGCAGAGAGCGCGACUGACUGAGGCAGAGAGAGCGACUGACUGAGGCAGAGAGAGCGACUGACUGAGGCAGAGAGAGCGACUGACUGAGGCAGAGAGCGAGACUGACUGAGGCAGAGAGCGAGACUGACUGAGGCAGAGAGCGAGACUGACUGAGGCAGAGAGCGCGACUGACUGAGGCAGAGAGAGCGAGACUGACUGAGGCAGAGAGCGAGACUGACUGAGGCAGAGAGCGAGACUGACUGAGGCAGAGAGAGCGACUGACUGAGGCAGAGAGAGCGAGACUGACUGAGGCAGAGGAGAGCGAGACGACUGAGGCAGAGAGCGGACUGACUGAGGCAGAGAGGCGAACUGACUGAGGCAGAGAGGAGACUGACGAGGCAGAGAGAGCGAGCUGACUGAGGCAGAGAGAGCGAACUGACUGAGGCAGAGAGCGAGACUGACUGAGGCAGAGAGGCGACGGCAGGAGCGUGACGAGGCAGAGAGAGCGCGGACGAAGGGAACUGAGGCAGAGAGAGCGACUGACUGAGGCGAGAGAGCGAACUGAUGAGGCAGAGAGCGAGACUGACUGAGGCAGAGAGCGGACUGAUGAGCAGAGAGCGAGACUGACUGAGGCAGAGAGCGAGACUGACUGAGGCAGAGAGAGAUGGAGCUGACUGAGGCAAGAGAGAGCGGAACUGGAUGGAGGCGACUGGAGAGCGAGACUGCACUGAGGCAGAGAGCCGACGAAUGAGAGGAGCUAGACUGAGAGCACUCACUGACUGAGGCAUGAGAGACUGGGCAUGACAUGAGGCAUGAGAGGGCGAGACUGACUGAGGCAGAGGCGAGCAGACUGACUGAACAGUCCCACACUGAGCCUGGAGCAGACUGGGCUAAUAGCCCCACACUGGCGAGAGAGCGACUGGCAGACAGGGCGACCCUGCACGGCGGAGAGCAGACUGGCAGACUAGGCCACCUCACAGGCAGGAGCAGACUGGCAGAGCUAGUCCCUCACCUGGCAUGGAGCAGACUGGUCAACUAGUCCCCCUCCACACUGGCCUGGAGCACUGACUGGUCUAACUAGCCCCUCUGCAACACUGGCGCUGAGCAAGAGCCUGGUCUAAGCAUAGCCCUCACAUGGCUGGAGCAGACUGGUCAACUAGUCCCCUCCACACUGGCCUGGAGCAGACUGGUCUAACUAGUCCCCCUCCACACUGGCCUGGAGCAGACUGGUCUAACUAGUCCCCCUCCACACUGGCCUGGAGCAGAUGGUCUAACUAGUCCCCCUCCACACUGGCCUGGAGCAGACUGGUCUAACUAGUCCCCCUCCCCUGGCCUGGAGCGACUGGUCCUAACUAGUCCCCCUCCACGAUGGCCGGAGCAGACUGGUCUAACUAGUCCCCCUCCACAGCUGGCCUGGAGCAGACGGUCCUAACAUAGUCCCCCCUCCACACUGGCCUGGAGCAGGACUGGUCUAACUAGUCCCCCCCCCCCUCCACACUGGCCUGGAGGCAGACUCAGGUCUAACUAGUCCCCCUCCAACACCUGGCCUGGAGCAGACU